UCACCUCGCAUUCAGGCCGAUAGAACGAGAACGCUGUUGAUGUCUUAUGGUAGACUGCUGGGGAUCUAAAGAGAAGAUUGAUUUUUUUCUUCUUCUUGGGCGCAGUGAUGGAAGAACUUACCGCGUUUGUCUCUAAAUCUUUUGAUCAGAAGGUGAAGGAAAAGAAGGAAGUGAUCACGUACCGGGAGGUGCUGGAGACCGGCUCGGCGAGAAACAGGGAGAGUCUGUCGCUGGAACCGGUUCGCGAGGAGCUGAGCAGCAUCACGCGGGGCGGCGUGCGCUCAUCGCCGGCCAGAGAAGCGGAAAUGCUCGCCUCAGAGAGAACCAGGGACUCGAUCAGCCCCAAACUCACAGACGGUAACACAGAUAUGAAAGAACGCAAAGAGGACUGUAAGCCGCUGGAGGAUGAGACACAGACUAAAAUCAAGCAGAGAAGGAGUCGGACUAACUUUACCCUUGAGCAGCUGAAUGAGCUGGAGAGACUGUUCGAUGAAACGCACUAUCCAGACGCCUUUAUGAGAGAGGAGCUGAGCCAGAGACUCGGGCUGUCGGAGGCCAGGGUACAGGUUUGGUUUCAGAACCGACGGGCCAAAUGCAGAAAGCAGGAAAAUCAGUUGCAUAAAGGAGUUCUCAUCGGAGCGGCGAGUCAGUUCGAAGCGUGUCGUGUCGCUCCAUAUGUCAACGUGGGAGCUCUGCGCAUGCCAUUCCAGCAGGAUAGUCAUUGCAACGUGCCGCCCUUCUCCUUUCAGGUGCAGGCGCAGCUGCAGCUGGACAGCGCCGUAGCCCACGCGCACCAUCACCUGCACUCACACCUGGCGGCGCACGCGCCCUACAUGAUGUUUCCCGCCCCGCCGUUCGGUUUGCCCCUGGCGACGCUCGCGGCGGAAUCCGCCUCGGUGGUGGCGGCGGCAGCGGCGGCAAAAAGCACCAACAAAAACUCAAGCAUCGCGGAUCUGAGACUGAAGGCGAAAAAGCACGCGGCGGCGCUGGGGCUGUGACGUCACUGAGCAUCGCGCGCGACAGAAAAGCGCAUUAUUUAUGUUUCCUCGUGAAGGACACGCGAGAGAAAAAGGAGAGGCUAUUUAUGAGAACACAAACUGUGAAGUGGACAAACUUUACGUGGAUAUUUUCGCGGAUGGAGGGACAACUCCACAAAAUGUUGAACUACGAGAAAAUAAAAAAAGUUGAACUUUUGCAGAAGACAAGAAGCUGAAUCUGAAUCUGAUGAUAUAAAGCAGCUGGGACGAUUGUUCGGCUGUUUGUGUGACAACGCGAACAUUUCUGCUUUAAUACGUUAUUAGUAAUUAAUGAAAAUA